CUCGACCACCUCGCCUUCUCCCACCCAUCUACCAUGUCUGUCUGCUCCAGUGACCUGAGCUAUGGCAGCCGAGUCUGCCUGCCUGGUUCCACCGAGUCUUGCACCGGCUCCUCCUGGGAGGUGGACAACUGCCCCGAGAGCUGCUGCGAGCCCUCCUGCUGUGCCCCCAGCUGCUGCCAGUCCUCCUGCUGUGCCCCCACCUGCUGUGCCCCCUCCUGCUGCCAGUCCUCCUGCUGUGCCCCAGCCUCCUGCCUGACCCUCAUCUGCAGCCCUGUGAGCUGUGGGUCCAGCCCCUGCCAAUCAGGCUGCACUAGCUCCUGUGGGCCCUCCUGCUGCCAGCCUGCAUGCUGUACACCCAUCUGCUGCAAGCCUGUCUGUUGCACACCUGUCUGCUGCAAGCCAGUCUGCUGUACACCCAUCUGCUGCACACCUGUCUGCUGCAAGCCCGUCUGCUGCACACCUGCUCCCUGCUGUAUGCCCGUCUGCUGUGGGGUUGGCCCCUGCUCCUCCUCCUCAUGCUGCCAGCCCUCUCCCUGUGCCCCCUCCUGCUGCAAACCCUCCUCCUGCAUGUCCCUCAUCUGCCAACCUGUGUGCAAGCCCGCCUGCUGUGCCCCUGCCUCCUCCUCCAUGUCCCUGCUCUGCCGCCCUGCAUGCCCUCGCCCGGCCUGCUGUGGCACCUCGACCUGCAAGGACCCCUGCUGCUGA